AUGCGGGUGCAGAGGCCCCCCACCCUCCUCCUGCUGCUCUCGGGGGCGCUGGUCCUGCCCCCCAGCGGGGCCGGCCCCCACUCCCUGAGAUAUUUCGACACCAUCGUGUCCCGGCCCGGCCGCGGGGAGCCCCGCUUCUUCUCCGUCGGCUACGUGGACGACACGCAGUUCGUGCGGUUUGACAGCGACGCGCCGAGUGGGAGGAUGGAGCCGCGGGCGCCGUGGAUGCAGCAGCCGUGGGUGGAGCAUUGGUUCCCGGGGUAUUGGGAGGAGGUGACGCAGAUCAGCAAGGGGAACGCACAGGCUUUCCGAGUGGGCCUGCAGACCCUGCUCCGCUACUACAACCAGAGCGAGGACGGGUCUCACACCAUCCAGUGGAUGUAUGGCUGCGAGGUGGGACCGGACGGGCGCCUCCUCCGCGGGUACGAGCAACACGCCUACGAUGGCACCGACUACAUCGCCCUGAACGAGGACCUGACCUCCUGGACCGCGGCCGACAUGGCGGCUCAGAUCACAAAGCGCAAGUGGGAGGCGGCGGGUGUGGCAGAGCUAAAGAGGAGCUACCUGGAGGGCCGGUGUGUGGACUCACUGCGCAUGUACCUGGACAAGGGGAAGGAGACCCUGCUGCGCGCAGACCCUCCAAAGGCACACGUGACCCACCACCCUGUCUCUGCCCGGGAGGUCACCCUGAGGUGCUGGGCGCUGGGCUUCUACCCUGCGGACAUCAGCCUGACCUGGCAGCGUGACGGGGAGGACCAGACCCAGGACAUGGAGAUGGUGGAGACCAGGCCUGCGGGGGACGGCACCUUCCAGAAGUGGGCGGCUGUGGGGGUGCCCCCUGGAGAGGAGCACAGAUACACGUGCCAUGUGCAGCACGAGGGGCUGACCGAGCCCCUGACCGUGAAAUGGGAGUCGCCUUCUCACACCAUCUUCAUCAUCCUGGGCAUCGUUGGGGGCCUGGUCCUGCUGGGAGCUGUGGCUGGAGCUGUGAUGUGGGGGAGGAGGCGCUCAGGUGGAAAAGGAGGGAGCUACGCUCAGGCUGCCAACAGUGACAGCGGCCAGGGCUCUGAUGUGUCUCUCUCGGCUUCUAAAGCGUGA